AUGAAACAGGAAAUGGAGACAGCCACAACAGAAAAUGGACCUCUUCUCCAGUUUUAUAUGGAAAGAAAGAUUCCUGAAAAGGUUAGCAAAAGAGCAGUCAUCAAGAACCAACUAAGAAAAAAAUGUUCCUGCAGCAUGAAAACAAUGAAAAAGGCCAUUCUGGAUUUCUUUCCUGUGUUACAAUGGCUUCCUAAAUACAACUGCAAAGAAUACAUCUGGGGAGACGUUAUGUCAGGACUGAUCAUUGGGAUCAUUUUAGUUCCUCAAGCAAUAGCCUAUUCUUUGUUAGCUGGUCUGAAGCCAAUUUACAGCCUUUACACCUCGUUCUUUGCCAACAUCAUCUAUUUUCUCAUGGGUACCUCCAGACACGUGUCUGUUGGCAUUUUCAGCUUAUUAAGCUUAAUGGUUGGACAGGUUGUGGAUCGAGAAUUGCUGCUGGCAGGAUUCAACCUGAACGAUGACCCCCAGCAAGUUGUUGGUGACGAAGUCCAUUUGAACUUCACCCUCUACAAUUUUACCCUUGGUGUGAUGAGCAAUGAAUGUGGGAAAGAGUGCUAUGCUAUUGGGGUAGCUACAGCACUGACCUUCAUGGCGGGAGUUUAUCAGGUUCUGAUGGGAAUUUUUCACCUUGGGUUUGUAUCAGUGUAUCUUUCCGAACCUGUGUUGGAUGGCUUUGCCACUGGUGCUUCGUUAACUAUUUUAACAGCUCAAGUUAAAUACCUCAUUGGAAUAAAAAUCCCACGUACCCAGGGAUAUGGGAUCCUGAUAACCACUUGGGCUAACAUUUUUCAGAACGUUUCUCAAGCAAAUCUCUGUGACGUGAUCACAAGCGCUAUCUGCAUUGCUGUGCUGGUCACUGCUAAGGAACUGGGAGAUAAGUAUAAACACAGGCUCAGGAUCCCUCUUCCCACAGAGCUGGUGGUAAUUGUGAUUGCCACCCUGGUGUCCCAUUACGGGAAGUUGAAAGAAGUUUACGCAUCCAGCAUAUCAGGUGAAAUCCCUACUGGAUUUAUACCACCCCAAGUGCCCAGCUUUCACCUCAUGCAAAGAGUUGCGGUUGAUGCUCUCCCUCUUGCCAUAGUUGGCUUUGCUUUCACGGUUUCACUCUCUGAAAUGUUUGCCAAAAAGUAUGCCUAUACUGUCAAGGCCAACCAGGAAAUGUUUGCCAUUGGCUUCUGUAACAUCAUUCCAGCUUUCUUCCACUGCUUUGCCACCAGUGCAGCUCUGGCCAAGACUCUGGUCAAAACAUCCACAGGGUGCCAGACUCAGGUAUCCAGCAUUGUGAGUGCAGUGGUGGUACUGCUGGUGCUGCUAUUCUUCGCCCCCCUCUUCUUCAAUCUACAGAAAUGUGUUUUGGCUUGCAUUAUCAUAGUGAGCCUUAGAGGAGCCCUUAGGAAAUUCAAAGAUAUUCCUCGACGCUUCCGCCUGGACAAAGUAGAUGCGCUGGUCUGGUGUGUUACCAUGCUCUCAUCUGCUUUGAUCAGCACAGAAAUGGGGCUGCUGGUUGGAGCUGUUUUUUCAGUCUUCUGCAUUAUUGGCCGCACCCAGUGCCCUCAUGCUGCCUUGUUAGGGCAAAUCGGGAACACUGUCUUCUAUGAAGAUGAUGAGGAAUAUAAAGACCUUCUUCCAGUUCCAAAGAUCAAAAUCUUUCGUUUUGAAGCACCACUUUAUUAUGUGAACAAGGACUUCUUCCUAAAGUGCCUCCACAACAGGACAGGGCUGGAUCCUGCACUUGAAAUUGCCAAAAGGAAGAAGUCCAAGAGGAAAGGGCAGAAAAAUCUGGAUAAGCCACUUGGACAGAAAGAAGUAUCACCAUGCUUGGUUACUAAAGACAGAGACUUUCAUGCAAUCAUCAUAGACUGCUCUUCCAUUCCAUUUUUGGACACAGCUGGAGUGAGCACAUUGAAAGAAACCCUCAAAGACCAUCAGGAAUUGAAGAUCAGUGUAUAUUUGGCUUGCUGCAAUCCCUCAGUGAUAUCUUCCCUGGAAAAAGGAGGCUACUUUAAGAGUGCAGACAAAGACAUGCAUGAAUUGCUGUUUCAUAGCAUAUCUAGUGCUGUCCAGUUCGUAAGAGAGAGGGAAAUUACAACAGAUGACUCUGUUGUCUAGUUCAAUAAUUGGCUGUUUGAAGAUUCUGUGUUCAUUAAACACAGAUUGUGGUUUUCAACCUGCCUGAACCUGAGUUCUUCCUUGAGAACCAUUUGGUAAUAUGGAAUACACUCUCAAAGCCUUUAACUAAGCAGUGAAUGUGUAACCCCAAAAUGAAAUCUUAGUCAAAUAAAGUUAGACAUGGUCUACUGUUCAAUGUAACUAUAAACAAAACCAGUUCUAAUCUAACUCUGAUCAUUGUUUAGUGUUUUGACAUCUUGCCACAGGCUCCUGUGUUCCUCUUCCUGUUUUUCAUGCAAAGGAAGACCAAAACUUCCAUCCUCAGUGUUGAACAAAGCAAAAUUUGUCAUUAAGUUCAACCUCAAGGAAAUGUGAUUCAUAGCAAGUGUUUCUAUGAACUAAUAAGGUUCAAGGUGUAGUUUCAUACUGUAGUUUGUUAACUUGGUUUAACACAUAUUCAUAAUACUAAGCCAUUAUUUAGCAUUAUAUCUGCCUCAGGAUAUGACACAGUUAUCGUAGGUCUUCUUUUAUGAAGAUCAGAUAUUUCUUUCA